AUGACCCCUUUCAAGGAUGUCUUCCGUCGCCUUCUUGGCGUCCAGUUGGGCAUUAUACGUGACGUGUGGCAUAACUUUUCGGAAAGGGAAGAUUCACCGGAUGAAGAUCACAGGGGUGAAGAUAACAGCCCACUUUUCGUGGUGCUGGAACAAGUGGCGGACAUGCAUGAGGCAAUCAGGGACGCGUACGACGACGAUUACAACAUCGGCGAGAUCUGGUCCAUGCGGAACCUUGGUUACAAAGUUAUUGACGCUGUCCCUGUAGCGCCGAAGCACCCUGUUGGAAGGACGGCACGCAUGGACAGGAAGGACAAGGCACGUAUCAACGCGAUCCAAGUACAACUGGUGCAACUUCAUCGAGAGCUUAGUGCUGUGGUGCUUGGUGGUGAUGUGGAAAGAAGACGAACAAUUAAGGUCCUGAUGUCCUUCACCACGCUAAGAGGCCUAAGGUGA